UGAUUACUACUAAUACCAAUUUUCCGUUAAUGGACUUUCUAUGGUCAUAUAAUCACAUUCCUUCAACCUUAAACAUGUUCUCAGAAGUUCAUUCUCUGAACAUAUGUAUAUCAAAGUCCACCCUUUAGUGAAUCGCAGUACUCUGAGACACUGACACUCAGACAAUGAAAGACAUGCAAAGGAGGGUGCAUUUGGAUUUGUUAUUGCAAUUGCAUAGAAGUGGUGGACAUGUCGAGAAAGGUUUCAGAUAACGAAACAAAAGCAAGCCAAGUUGCCUUCAACCAAAAGCUUUCCUCCACCACUAAUUAUUUUACAAUUUACUAGUCACUGUCAUAGUAUUUGGUGUUCCAAUCAGAUUCCUUUUCACUAUUUACACACACACACACACAUUCACUUUCCCUGUGUUUUUUCGUUUCACACUUCCACUUUCCACUCUAGAUCUACAUUAUCAUGCUCUUGUUUAAGCUCUGGGAGGACGUGCAUUUGGGUAUUACAACCAGACUUGGUGUUUUUCCCAUUAAAUUUGACUAGAAGAUCGCAGAUAAAAGCUUUCCUCCUUAUCAUGGCGAAAAGAUCUCCUACUCGGGUUAACCAAACGUACGAGACAGGUUGUACGUGGCGAAUGUUUAGAAUCUUUAAUUUUCGUGAAAGUCGUUCCGACAGAAGAUUGCAUUUGAAUGCUCAUGCUAAUGCCGCAGAAAAUGGAAAAUCCAGAAGUAACUCAGGUGCGGCCAGCACAGUUGAUGAGAAGUGCCUUCAAAUUGGUGUGAGUCCCAGAAGAAGAGAUUACAUCUGUAGAAGUAUCAACAGCAUGGUGAAUGAUCAGGUAGAAGAUUGGGAAAAUGAAGUAAAAAAGAUGAUUGUUGAUCACAGAUUUGUCAAUACACAUUAUCAAGGCAAAGAUGGAGCAGGCUGCCAGCCUAAUCAAAUCCUGGAUGCUUUACAGAUUUUAUAUACAAACAAGGAACUUUUCAUUAAACUUCUGCAAGAUCCAAACUCUUUGUUAGUAAAACAGAUUCAGGAAUUACAGAGUUCUCAAGUGAAAGAACCAUGCCAGCAUGCAAGGCAGAAAAUGAUGAGUAGAUUAAAUAAGCCUCAAAAUACUGAUGCUACACAAUGUGCAAAACCUUUUAGUUCCUCUGAUAGAUCUGAUUUGAGGUCAAACAGAAUAGUAGUUUUGAAGCCUGGCACUGUUAAUGUGGAAAAUUCUGUAGAAACAAGCUUUGUUAGCCCUCCACAUUCGCCUAAUAGCUUCAGUUCUAAUGCACAAAAUACUAGGCUUUCACAUUUUCCCUUCAGUUGUAUAAAGAGAAAAUUGAAGCAUGUUAUGAAAGUAAGGAGACAAGAACAGCAGUUGAAGACAGCUGAUGGAAUACCAACUAGACUUUCCUCCAGUUCAAAGGGCCUGGGAGAUGGAAAAAAAGUAAAAGCAUUGGAAAUUUCUGAAAGAAACUCACCAAUUCAUGCCCUUAGUAAUACUGGAAAAUGGUUGAAUUCAUAUCAUGAUUUGAAGAAGAAGAAGAGGGAGAACAUUAUCAUGUUCAAGGAUUCUGCGUUAUCUAUGGGGCAGGAAGCAGCUUCUUUUGGUGAAAGUUGCAGUAAGAAUACUUCAGUUAGCCCUCGUGAAGAAAAUAUAUUGAAAAUGCACGUUGAAAGUAGGAAGAGUCGGUCUCAGAUGUUGAACUGUGGAAUUGAGGAAAAUUUUGAAGAAGACAUUAAUCUUAAAAAUAGUGUUCUUAGCCACAAUCUCCAUGCAUAUUAUGAUAUUCCCAAAGAUGGCAGAUACAUGGACAGUCCUACUCAGAUCAUCGACAUGAAUAAUAUAAUCAGAGGAAGUGGAUCCUUUCUGGAUUUGCGUCCAGAGAUCCAGACGUUGUCUUUUUCAUCAGAUGUUUCAUCAAGCCAAUCCUGUCAGAGAACAGAUAAUAUUGUAAACAUGGGAAACAAAGUUGAACAUCCUAAUAAUGAAUCUUUUGAUGAACAUUUUAUUAAGGAUGAUGUUACCAACCUUCCAAUCACAAUCAUUCAACCAGAUGAGUCACCAGAAAAGAGAAUGCAUGAAAAAAUUGAAGAGAACCAUUUUGAAGACCUUUUAAGACUCUCUUUUGAUUCAAUGAACGAUUUAGUCUCCUCCAAGGACGACAUCAUAGACUAUGUAAGGGAAAUUCUGCAUGCUUUCAACCUUACUCUGAAGAGAUCAUCUGACCAAUUGCUGGAUCCAUCCACCUUUGAACUGAAGGAAAAACCUAGCCUACUUUCUGGUGGAACAAUCUUGCAUGACUGUGUCAUAGAAUGUUUCAUGCAGGUAUACCAGAAUAGUGGUUUCCCACUUCACGUUGGAAACGUCCAAGCGUAUGUUUUGAAGAAACUUGUGGUUAAAGAGAUCACUGGACUCGUUAACUUGCACUGUCACUCUCAUCCAUCAACUUUAACGUUAGAACAGCUUGUUGAAAAGGACUUGGCAAGACGUGGUUCGUGGCUAAAUAUCCAAGUUGAUUCAGAAGAUAUUGCAGUAGAGCUGGAGAAACAUGUUCUUGAAAAACUGGUAUUGGAAAUUGCGUCUGAGAUGAAUUACCAGAAACAUGACACAUUGCAUUAAACCUAUCUGUACUUAAUCGUUGGAUGAUAAUUAAUAAAAAAUUACAUUAGCAUCAAUGCAAUAAUAUAUUUUUCAUA